AUGUUAGAAAGCCUGUGGAAUGCUGCGCUCUGAUUGGCUGCCGCUCGCCCAUAUAUAGAGCCGCAGUGGCAAAUUCAAUCAGAUCAACUGCGGGCAUCCAGAGAGAGAGAGGGACUCACAGGGACGCUCAUCACACCACACUGGGAAUCAAACUUGCGCUGCUCUGCUGCUUGCAUCUGAUUUUUUUUUGAAUACUAAACACACUGGACCACAGUUACCAUCAUGAAGGAAAGGAGAAUUACACAACCGCUGGUCGUGAGAUGUAAACUGGUUCUUGUGGGAGACGUUCAAUGCGGAAAAACAGCGAUGUUGCAAGUCCUGGCGAAGGACUGUUAUCCCGAGACCUACGUGCCCACGGUGUUCGAGAACUACACGGCCUGUCUGGAGCUGGAGGAGCAGCGCGUUGAGCUCAGCCUGUGGGACACCUCAGGUUCUCCAUACUAUGACAACGUGAGGCCUCUGUGCUACAGUGACUCAGACGCAGUGUUGCUGUGUUUUGACAUCAGCCGUCCCGACACUGUGGACAGCAGCCUGAAGAAGUGGAAAACUGAGAUCCUAGACUUCUGUCCCAGCACACGCAUCCUGCUCAUUGGCUGUAAGAUUGACCUGCGCACAGACGUCUGCACGCUGAUGGAGCUGUCCAAUCAGAAACAGACUCCCAUCGCCUAUGAGCAGGGCUCUGCCAUGGCCAAGCAGCUGGGUGCAGAGGCUUACCUCGAGUGCUCGGCGUUCACUUCGGAGAAGAGCAUCCACAGCGUGUUCCGCACGGCAGCGAUGGCGUGCAUCAACAAGCUGCAGCCCCUCCAGAAGCCCAGCCCCACACGCCGCCUCUCCAAAAGACUGCUCCACCUGCCCAGCAAGUCGGAUUUGCUCUCCUCCACCUUCAAGAAGGAGAAGGCCAAGAGCUGCUCGGUCAUGUGA